CUCGACAUCAAAGGGUCCAGGUGCUGUGCCAGGACAUGCCACCCUUCUGGUGUCUCAUCUUUCUUGGGGGCCUCCUGCCCCCCUCCCAGGGCUUCCUCAACCUGCUGAACCCAGCACAACCCAGCGGUGGCCUGCUUGGCACUGGUCUCAUUGGUGGAAAAAGUGGGCUGCCUGGCACAGGGGCUCUUGGUGAAGGAGGGCUGCUUGGCACUGGCCUCCUGGGCAAAGGAAGUCCCCUUGGUGCAGGAAAUGAACCCAGCUCAGCUGGAGCCCUUGGCACAGGCCUCCUAGGAGGACAGCCUGGCAGCAGUGGGCUGCUCGGCACAGGCAUCCUUGGUGGGAAAGGCCUUGGACCCGGACUCCUUGGUGAAGGACUUGGCACAGGAAUCCUCAGUGGAGAAGGACUUGCCUCAGGAAUCCUUGGUGGAGAAGGCCUUGCCUCAGGGAUCCUUGGUGGAGAAGGCCUUGCCUCAGGGAUCCUUGGUGGAGAAGGCCUUGCAACAGGCCUCCUUGGUGGAGAAGGCCUUGGCAAUGGUCUCCUCAACAAUGGUCUCCUCGGCAAUGGCCUCCUGGGCAAUAACAGCCUCCUUGGACAGACAGGUCUGCUUGGCACAGGGCUGCUUGGGAAAGGAGGUCUCCUGGGCAAUGGAAGUCUGCUUGGACUCGAUGGUGUUCUGGGUGCAGCAGGAGGACUGCUGGGUGGUGGAGGCCCCCAGAAGAUGACACGCUAUGCCUGGCUGAAGGUGCUGAACCUCGAGAACGUCCGAGUGUCUUGGAAGGUCCUUCGUGGGACUGAGCUUGUGCUGAACCUGUACUCGAAGCUGGUGCUCCGCUUUCCAGGGAUUUUUCAGUUUCUGAGUGGAUCCUCAGUAGAGGCAAACAUCACAUCACACAUUGCCCUGACCCAGGACUCCCCUGGUGACCUCAAGCUGGUGGUUAAGAAUUGCAGCAACCUCCUUGGCGGCUUCAGCGUCAGCCUGCGGAAAGGCCUCCUCACCAAUGUGGUGAGCAGCUUGGUGAACAAGUCUCUUAAAUCCCUUGUCCCUGCGCUGCUCUGCCCAAUAGUGAACUUGUGGGUCAGCAUCAUCAACAUUAAUCUGCAAUUCCUCAACCGUGUCAUCUCCUUCGGGCUUCUGGGGAAAAUCUACUCUGCCCUCUCCAAACUGCCAGUGACAUCUGGGCACUAUGUGGAGCUGGAUCUGCAGAAUUCCCCAUUCCCGAGCACCUUCAUCGACUGGCUCCUUCAGACUGCAGGUGUCAACCCCAGGAUCAAUCCGUAGCUGCAGGACUGACAGAGCCCUGGGUCCCCCUGCAGGUGAUUCCCAAGGAGGAAGAGGAGGGAAGGGAAAAAAACUACUCAGUUGGUGGAGAAUAGACAUGAAAAUGGAGAAACCCAACCAAGAAAAGAUUCUUUCUUCUGUUCUACAUUUCAGCCUUCUCAGAUUUUGGUGUCUCUGUCCAGCCUAGAGUUAUCUGUGCUAAUGAUAAUCUGUGCCAAUAGUGAUAUGUCGAUAAUUACCCAUACUGAUAAUUAGCUAUGUGAUCAGCCAUGUUGAUGACACUGUGACUGGAGGCAGGAGCCCCAAGUCUUGCCUGUGUCUCUCCUGGCUGUCAUGGCCACAAAUCACUUGUUAUGGCACUCACUGAUGAAGGGAUGACCUUCAUCCCCUGAGGGAAAACCUUCACUUGGGCUGGGGUUUAGGCCAGGAAUGGCUCAGCACAGAGGGGACAUGCCAGGUGCUGGAUGCAGACAGUCAGGCAGGGCUUUGGUCCCCUCAGGAAUUUCAGGAGACUGCACCAACUGCCCAAAUCCUUCUGAGAAGGGAAGAGAGAAAAGGGACGAAUUCAAUGAGCUGUAAACACUUCGUCUUUGCUAUCCUUCUGCUUCUUGAUUGGCUUACUAUUUCAAAAGGGAUUUUUGCUGUUUCCAGUGAUUUCAUACUGUUAAAAAGAGGCAAAAAGCCCCCAGCCUAAUCCAGGUGCACACUCAGCCUAUUUGUUCCCAAACAGCAACGCUUUGAACUGAUCAGAGUGAAUGCUAUCCUGCCUUGUAAUCUCCAAGUGGAUUUGGACGUGCUGCAUUGUGGGUGAGGUGGAUUUGAGGCAGAUUCACACCCUUCUGUUACUCCUUACAAUAAAAAUGAUUUUUCUUCAUCUGCA